AUGGUAGAACUAUACAAUAUGAAUGAACAUAGUGUUUCACCUGUUAAGAAUGAUUUCCCAAUUACUCCUCCCUCUAGUGUUGAGAAGACAAGACAAGGGGAAGCAAUAGAGGUCAAAGAUGCUGCAUUAGCGAGAAAGAAGCUGCUGUUAGAGUUGAAGAAGGCUAAGCCUGUUGUCAAGCGCCAGCGGCGGUUGAAGUUUAGACCAGAACGGAAUUUUGUGUUUGACAUGGAACAGUACUUCAGCAACAGUACAGGAGAAGAGAUGGCAAAAGCAGCGGAGUUUGUGAGGUACGCCUUUCAGUACAGUAAAAAAAUUAUAGUUGUUACUGGUGCUGGUAUAUCUGUUGCAGCGGGUAUACCGGACUUUCGAUCUAGCGAAGGGUUGUUUUCCACGCUUAAGGGUGGGAAUGUGUCGAGCGGGAAGCAGUUGUUCGAUUACAACCAUGUCUACUCUUCAGAAGAUUUCAGCAUGGAAUUUAAUAAGAUGGUUGUCGAUAUGCACAAGAAGAGCCAGGAUUUAGAGCCUACGGGGUUUCACAGGCUUUUGAAUCAGAUAGCAGAAGAAGGAAGGAUAAAAAGAAUAUAUACACAGAACAUUGAUGGAUUAGAAAAUAAAUUGAGCGAUAUAUCGUCAACUCGAACAUCGCCAAAAACUAUUCCAAAUACAAUCCAGUUACAUGGUAGCAUUCAUCAUAUGUGCUGCAAUAAGUGUCAUAAGGUAUUUGAUAUGAAUCCUGAUUUAUUUAAGUGCAAUGAGGAAGACCACCGGGGGUCUAUAAUACCGUCAUGUCCUGAAUGUGAGGAAUUUGAAACAGUUCGGCAAAUAGCGGGGAAGAGGUUACAGGGAGUAGGGAAAUUGAGACCUUACAUUGUUCUAUAUAAUGAGUUACACCCAAUGGGGGAGAUGAUUGGUGAUAUAGUUAUGAAAGAUUUGAAAGCUAAAUGCGACUGUUUGCUAAUUGUGGGAACGUCCUUGAGGAUCCCUGGCGUGAAAGCCAUGUGUAAGCAGUUUGCUCAGUCUGUUAGAUCUAGAAAAGGCAUUAUAUUAUGGGUAAACAAGGAACUCCCAUCACAACGUAUCCUGGAUAUGUUUGCUGGUGUGGACUUGGUAGUUUUGGGGGACUGUCAAGACUUGUGUAAGUUAGUUGGGGUUUAA